AUGGCUACUAGUCUUGUCAAGUGCCUGGUGGUGGCCGUGGCCGUGGCGCUCCUGGCGCUGUCGUCGUGCGGCGUGGCGUCGGCGGCGGGGAGGGGCAGACCCGGACCCAUAGCCACCACCAGGACGAGGUUGAAGCCCGGUGCCAAGCCUGCGGGCAAGUUCAUCACCGUCAGACCCGGACGGUUCGGCCACAAGCGCGACUACCAGGCCGCCUGCUCCGACGAGGGUGGUCCGGCGUGCUACGUCGGAUGCCCAAAGGAAUGCCCUAACAAGUGCCUCGUCUUCUGCUCCUACUGCCUCAGCUUCUGCAUGUGUGACAUCUUCCCGGGCACCUCCUGCGGCGACCCGCGCUUCACCGGCGGCGACGGAAACACCUUCUACUUCCACGGCAAGAAGGACCAGGACUUCUGCAUCGUCUCCGACGCCGACCUCCACAUCAACGCGCACUUCAUCGGCAACCACAACCCGGCCCUCAACCGCGACUUCACCUGGGUGCAGGCGCUGGGCGUCACCUUCGGCGACGACAACCACCGCCUCUACGUCGGCGCCCGCAGGGCCGUGGAGUGGGACGAGGAGGAGGACCACAUCCAGGUCACCUUCGACGGCGAGCCCGUCGACGUGGACGCCGUCAAGAACGCGCGGUGGGCGUCGAAGGCCGUCCCCGGGCUCUCCGUCACGCGGAUGGACACCGUCAACACCGUCAUGGUGGAGCUGGACGGCGUCUUCGCCAUCUCCGCCAACGCCGUGCCCAUCACCGACAGGGACGACCGGAUCCACAAGUACGGCAAGACGGGCGGCGACAGCCUGGUGCACCUGGACCUGGGAUUCCAGUUCCGUAACCUCACCAAGGACGUCGACGGCGUGCUGGGGCAGACGUACCGCCCGGGCUACGUCAGCAGGCUGGACAUCGGCGCCAAGAUGCCCGUCAUGGGCGGCGCGCCCAAGUACCUGUCCGCCGGUCUCUUCUCCACGGACUGCGCCGUGUCCCGGUUCCACCACCGCAGCGGCGGCGGCGGCGGCGGUGCUGGAGCCGGUGUCGUCACCACGUUCGCCUCCUAA